CAUAGAUUUGACAUAUUAGGUCUGGAGGGGAACGCAACAUUCAAUUACUCUUACAUUUACUUUACAAAUAUCAUUUAAUUGUGUAUAUCUUUGCAGCAGAAGUUGGAAAUAUAUUCAAGAUGGAUCGUUCUACUCUUUUUGACGUCACGGGCAAGGUCGUUCUCGUCACCGGUGGUGCCAAAGGCAUUGGGCGUAUGAUCUCCGAGGGCUAUGUUGCCAACGGAGCCAAAGUGUACAUCUCCUCUAGAGACGCAAAGGCGUGCGACAAGGCUUGCGCUGAGCUGAAUGCGCUGGGCCCUGGGUCCGCCCAUGCGAUCCCCGCCGAUUUCUACAAGCUGGAAGACUGCAAGCGCCUCGCCGAAGAAUUCAGGAAGCGUGAGGAUCAUCUUGACGUGCUCGUCAACAACAGUGGGUCCAACUGGGGCGCUUCCUUCGAUGAAUACCCAGAUGCCGCAUGGACCCGUGUUCUUACCCUGAACCUGCACCGCGUCUUCACAAUUACCCAACUCCUCACACCUAGUCUGGAAGCAAAGGCUGGCCAGGACUCUCCCUCUCGCAUCAUCAACAUCGGCUCCGUCGACGGCCUGCGUGUGCCGACUCUCGAGACCUUUGCGUACAGUUCCUCGAAGGCUGGUCUGCACCAUCUCUCCAGGGUCCUGGCCAACCACCUUGGAAAGAGACACAUUACAAGCAAUGUCAUUGCAUGCGGACCAUUUGAGAGCAAAAUGAUGGCGCAGACCUUGAAGGACUUUGGAGAAUCUAUCAAGGCCGGGAUCCCGCUUAACAGGAUUGGAAGCCCUGAGGAUGUGGCUGGAACCUGCCUGUUUUUAAGCAGCAGGGCUGGUUCUUAUGUCAAUGGAGCAACCAUCACGCUGGACGGCGGAAGUGUUAUUGGAUCGAAGAUCUAAUUGGGUUUAUGAUGAAUGUAAAUAUGGACGGGGCGGAGAAGUUGAUAGUUCGUACCAAGUACGUAGCGCCUAUAGCUGUAAUUGUAUCAACCACAAAUACGCAACGAGAUGUCGUGAGCGACAAAAUAUUAUUUUUAGCCCUGAUGAA